AUGGCUUCAAAAGAGGAUAUUACAAGUGAUGAUACAACAAUUGAAGAUCCUACUAUUUUUCAGUAUCAAAAAAAUGAGGAAGUUCUAACUAAUAGCGAAAAACGAAAGGAAGUUUUAGAAGAAACCCUCAUUACAUCUCUUAAAAUUGGAAUGAAAUUUCAUGAAGCAAUAAAUGAUAGUCAAAUAAAAGAAGUUGUUAAGGGAUUUGUUCCAAAUUGUGUUACAUUAUUUCCAUCAUUAAUGACAUCAGAAGAUGAGUUUGAGAGAUGUAGAGUUUUAUUUAUUACACGAAUAGAUCAAGUCUAUGAAAAUAAAUAUACCUUAGUUGUUGUUUAUGCCUUUAACUUAGGCAUUUUGUUAAAUCGGUUUUUUAAGUUGUGGUGCCUUAGAAAGGGGAAUUGGGAAGAAAAUUAUCAACGCCAUAUUCUAGCAAUUCAGAAAUGGACUUCUAAAUUAAAGAUAGUGUUAUCUCCAGAGUUUACCCAAUUCUUGAACUAUAUUAUUCAGUCAGAUAUAUCUAGAGAAUUUGACUUUAUUAAUGAGUUUAAGAAGGUAAAAACAUAUUUUGUAUGGAAUGAAUCAACAAAGAACAAGUGGUUUAUUAACCUUUGCUUGACUUUUCAUUGA